AUGGCUGACACAUUGGAACACAAAACUUUUACCCUUAACACCGGUGCCAAAAUCCCCGCAAUUGGAUUUGGUACUUGGAAAGCUGGGCCUGGAGAAGCCGCUGCUGCCGUUAAAUCAGCAUUUGACGUGGGGUAUAGACAUUUUGUAAUUCCUCAACAUGCUCCUUAUUUGUUUGCUGCCUCUGCUAACAUGUUGAAUAGGAUUGUGCUCCCCUUUGUAUAUGGAAACGAAGCUGAGAUUGGACAAGUAUUUGAAACCACUCAAGUGCCACGAAAUGAAUAUUUUGUGACUACCAAACUUUGGUCAUCCGACCAUCGUCGAAUUGUCCCCGCCCUUCAAAAAUCACUUGACGAUUUGCGCCUCGAUUACGUUGAUCUGUAUCUCAUGCAUUGGCCUGUUACUCUGCCCACUUCAUCCCCGGAGACAUAUGGAAAGGAGGAUCGUACGGCCCACGACCCCGACUGGGACUUUAGGGACACUUGGCGUGAGAUGGAAAAGCUCUUGCAGACAGGCAAAGUACGCGCCAUAGGCGUCGCAAACUUUUCAACCGUCAACCUGGAAAAUCUGCUGAAGAGCUGCACUGUCGUGCCCGCGGUCAACCAAACCGAGAUUCAGCCUUUACUCCCUCAAAAGAAACUCAAUGCCCUUUGCAUAAAGCAUGGUAUUCACCAGACAGCAUUUGGGCCCCUGGGAGGAAGUGGGAGCACUUUGCAUGAGGACCCUAUUAUUAACGCCAUAGCGCAAAAGAGGGGCUGCAGCUCGGGCAACGUGUUGUUGAGUUGGGGAGUGAAGAAGGGUUGGAGUGUCAUUCCAAAGAGCACCAAUCCUUCGAGAAUUGCCAGAAACCUUCAGCAAUGUUUCGUUAUGGAUGACAACGAAACAGUCAAGAUUGACGAGCUUGUUACUUCCCUGGGAGGCAAGAGAUUCAAUCGGCCAAACUGGGGAACAACAAUUUUUCACGACGAUACCGAUGCAAAUGUAAAAUAA